GUGUGUUACCGGAUCCUGAUGCAGCUCUGUGGGCAGUACGGGGAACCCGUGCUCUCCGUGCGGGUGCUGCUGGAGAUGAAACGCGCCGGCAUCGUCCCCAACACCGUCACCUACGGCUACUACAACAAGGCCGUGCUGGAGAGCAAGUGGCCGGCGGGCACCCAGGGGGGGCGACUACGUUGGGCCAAACUCCGUAACGUGGUGCUGGGGGCCGCCCAAUUUCGGCAGCCCCUCCGGCAACGGGAACGCCGGGCCGCCGCCGCCGCCCCCCCCCCGGGUGGCCGAGCCCCCCCGGCCCCCCG